UGUCCAUAUGAUUUUUCAUUAAAAUUUAGAGUUUGUCGCAUUCGAACUGACGUAUGAACUCAACCACAGCUUUUGAGUCCGUGAUCCUUUUUGGAUCAGCUCGGUAUUGGAUCUCCCAGGUAAACUAAAAUGGAAAUGGGUGGUGAUGUAAGAUACUAGUUGAAUGUUGGUAGCUCAAUGAGUGAUCUUUAUAUUGAAGGCACUACAUGGCUAUGUGUUAUGUUGUAUAGUAAUGCCACCUGGUGGGACCAUAAUAACAUGCUGAAUCAAACGAUAUUCUAUAUACAGUUAGGUUGGACCAAGCUUAGUCAACUUGAUAUACAGUAUUUAAGUUGGGUUCUCUGGGUUAUUUAUCCUAUAAUUAUAUCAUUUCUUCUACCAUUAAUAAUACUAGUCUUUCUGUAUGCAUCAGUCCUCUUCUUACUCGUCUAUCGUCAACGUCACCGAUUACAAGAAGCUUAUGCAAGAGAUUUCUGGGAUGGUGCGAGAAAGACAUUGGCAGUACUAUGGUUAGGACAAGCUAGAAUAUGGCAUGGUUUUGAAGUACAUGGACUGGAUAACAUACCUGAUGGACCAGCUUUAUUAGUAUAUUAUCAUGGCGCUAUACCAAUAGAUUUCUAUUAUGUUCUUGCCACCUGUAUCCUAGAAAAGGGGAGACAAAUCCGUGUAGUGGGUGAUCGCUUCUUGAUGCAUGUACCAGGUUGGCGUUUAUUAAUGGAGGUAUUUCAUGUUACACCUGGUACUGUACAGAGUUGUGUUAAUGUUUUAAAUGAUGGUCACCUGUUAUCAAUAUCACCAGGUGGAGUAAGAGAAGCUUUAUUUGGAGAUGAAUAUUACAGAAUAAUGUGGUCCAAUAGAGUUGGAUUUGCUAAAGUAGCUCUUCAAGCUAAUGUGCCUGUUGUUCCGAUGUUCACCCAAAACUGUAGAGAAGCUUUUAGAACACCUAAAUUAGGAAGAUCAUUACUUAGAAAAAUAUAUGAAUGGACAAGACUACCUAUUGUACCUAUCUAUGGGUUCUUCCCUGUCAAAAUGAGAUCUUAUCUUGGUGAACCUAUUUAUCCUCAGCCUGGAAUAACACCAGAAUUAUUUUCACAACAAGUGCAAAAUGAAAUACAGAAACUGAUAGACAAACAUCAGACAGUACCAGGAAAUAUAGUACGAGCUCUGUUAGAGAGGAUACCUUAUCAACAUAAAACAGAUUAAUCAAUAACUCUUUUAUUUCAUAUUACAAAAUACUUAAACCAGCAUAAAAAAUGGAUUUAUAUAUUUAUUUAUAAAAGUGAAACAGAAAUGAAUCCAAAAGGAUUCAUAUAUAGAUAUAUUAUAUAUACUAUAUUAUGGUACCUCACAAGAAAGGAUGUUGUCUUGUGUAGUUAUCAAAAACUAUUUAUUAAAUUUAUUAGUUGUAAAUAAACUUAGUUAUAAAUUGUUUAUCAUCGUCCAUGGUGUGUGUGUGUAAAGUGGCAAAGUGGUAAUAUGUCAUGAUUAACAAACUGUUUCCAAUUCAAACUGUGUAAUAUAUAGAUAUAGUAUUGGACACAGAAUAGUAUAGUUUCACUCUUUAAGUGAAUAAUACUUUCAAGAAUACUCUAGUUCAAGAAUUUACAAGUUUAUCAACAUAUGUAUUUAUAAUACUCAAUAAAGACUGGCUAAAUUCACCAGCUAGAAGAAAUUAAAAUUAUGCACUGUUUGCAUCCUCAUUGCAAUUGAUAGAAUGGUAAUAUCACAAAAUUGCACUUUCGUGCUUAGAGGGUUAACCCUUAACCGUGGACUCAUCCUCGAUAUCCCCAGUUGUCUUAUUCCGUUCUACUCCACUAACCCCUGGGCUAAUCGAUGUGGGAGACACGUAUUCAAAUUAUCUGCCCUUGAUGACUGUGCUAUUUUUAUUGACCAAUCAAAGAAAUCGUCAAAUACAAAGGAAGUUGGUGAAGAUAAGUAACUCUCAUCUUGUUGCAUCAAACAAGCUGACAUAUUAUUGUGAAUGUAAGCAAUAAGGCUAAGGCUGGUUUGUAAACUGUUUUUUGAUUGGAUCGUAGAAUCAAACUAUGAUCAAGGGCAGAUAAUUUG